AAGAACUCACAGCAAUUGCCUCUAAUCAGUGCCCUUCCUUCUCCACCAGCAUCUCUGUGUCAGCAUCCUGAGGUCCUGAAUUUGCCUCUUCUCUGCGUCUCAUUUCUCUGAAAUGGGAAACUCUCUGGACCACCUUCUCCUGCUUGUUUUUCCCUCAUAUACCACAGAAUGACUUGCUGAAGGGGAUCUUCAGUUUUAAGCCUAAAAAUAUCAUUUAGUUGAUUACACCUGGGGUGUAAGUUGACCAAAAUGGCUACCAUCAGUCCUUUUCCUCUGAAUCGGCAGGGAAGUGCCAUUUCAGACGUGUAAAUCUGUAAUUUGUGAGUCUUCAAAUUGCAGGCAGUGCUACAUGGAAGUGAAUUAUAGCUAGUCAGCUCCAAAGCCCUUUCUCUUCAAACUACACUUAGGAUUUGGGGGAAAGAAGAGAAUUGACCCUUUGAGACCUUGGUAUUUUAAGCUUUGUAUAUAUCCCAUUCCACCUUCCUAUGAACCUCAUGUUUCCCAGUUGCCUGGACAACAUGUAGCCUCCAGAAACCCAACCCUCUGGUUCUCAGCCCCGCCCUUGAAGGAAAUUUGCCACUCUGGAUUGGCUCCCAGUACCCAGUCUCCUUCUCAGGCUCCUAGCUGGUUGGGCCUUCCCUCUGCCUCUCCUCAUGAGUGGUUGCACCACAGGGAGACACAACAGAGGCAAGAGAGGAUCUUGCAGGAAGGAAGAGGCAGGGUAAGGAUGGACAGCAAGGAGAUGCCACGUAAGACCAAAGAAAAAGGGACAAAAGCUGGAGCACAAAAGAAGAAAAAGAAUGCAGGUGCUGAUGUGGAGGCUGAAUCCAUGCACAGGCUGGCACUGCUAGAAAAGGAGUUGCUCCGAGACAACUUGGCUCUGCGGAGGGAUGAGGCCCGCCGAGCCAAGGCUUCUGAAGACCAGCUGAAGCAGAGGUUGCAAGAACUGGAGGCAGAACUGGAGGGGGCCCGAAGUGAAGGGAAGGCCAUAUAUGCAGAGAUGAGCCGUCAGCGCCGGGCCCUGCAGGAGGAGGUGGAGACCCGCAGCAGGCAGCUGGAGGAAGAAGUGAGGCGCCUUCGGGAGCAGUUAGAGAUGUGCCAGAGGGAAGCUGAAGCUGCUCAAGAAGAAGCCGAGCAGGCCCUUGCAGAGCGGGACCGAACUCUGGCUCAGCUUCGGGCGCACGUGGCAGACAUGGAGGCCAAGGCAGCCUGGACCAGCUUUUGGCCAAACUGAGAGCCAUCCAGCUUCAGUGGGAUGGGGCUGUGCUGAGACUCCAUGCCAGGCACAAGGAGCAGCUCCGCGAGUUUGGACUCAACCCCCUGGAUCUUUGAGAAUGUGAGCCUCCAGUCGCUGAGACUGAAUAAUAAAGCUCUCUUGAUGUAGAAUUCAACAGAACUGUAGACUGGUGGCUUUUGGGCAGAGCUGAGUGCCUCUCAUGGGAACCUCUCUGUUCUGGGAUGACCCAUGACCCUGAAGACUGAAUAAGGGGAGAGAAAUUUGACAAGGUUUCAACUCCUCUUGGAGAAACUGGUUCCCACUCCUUGAGGCUGGGCCGCUUUUGGUCCCCCUAUCCCCACCAACACCAACAAAACAAAGGCAGCCAGAUGUGUGGGGAAAGACCAUUUCUAGAACAGAUCAACAGUGGCCAGGCAGCAGCCCCCACAAUCCUAAGGUGCCCACAGAGGGAAGGUACGGCCAGUCUCCAAGUUCUGACAAUACACCCAGCAGUCCCGGAGUCAGGCCUAAGGUGAGUUCCAGGUGGCUUCAUUCCUAGGCAGCCCCACAGCCCACUGGAAAAGGGAAAACUCUGUGUCUCUCCUCUAUUUUACUACAACACUCUCGGUUCUGCUUUCUGGUCAAAUGUGUGUGUGUCGAGGGUGGGGAGGUUCCUCACACCAAGUAAUUCUCUGUAGGCACGAUUUAACUUUUGUGUUAUACUUUAACUUAAUUCGGCCGCCAUAUACCUGGAGAUAUCAUCAGAUCCCACAAGUUGAGGGCUCAGUCCCAUAAGACUGUCCCUGACCUCAAAUGCCAAUCUCAAGUCCAGGUUGUCAUCACCUGUUGCUUCUGACCAACAGGCUAUCAAUCAGAGGUUCCUGCAACCCCCUCCUUGGGUUCAGUCAUUUGCCAGAGAGUGAUUGAAUUCAGGGAAACAGUUUACUUACUAGAUUAUGAGUUUAAUAUAAAGAACACAGCUCAGGAACAGCCAGAUGCAAGAGAUACACAGGGCCAGGUACGAGCAUAGAAGAUCCACGCCCACCCCAGGUGCGCCACCCUCC